AUGAAGAUCGGCGCGUUCGAGCCUCCCGGGCCCGAGCAGCGGUCAUUCCUGCUGCGGAUGGGGGCGCUGGUGGGCGCGGUCGCGACGACGUUGACCGCCAUGGUCCCGAUGAGCCACUGCCCGUCGCUCAAGGACGCUGGGAGUCUGGCGGCCUUCGCGCGAGCCUGGUUCGGGAUGUACUCGAUCGCCGAUUCCGCGUUAGACCUUGUGCUGCUAGUGUGGGUGCUUAUGUGCUCUAGAGAGAUCAUCGCGUACAUCGCCGCGGACGCGGCCGCGGGCGCCCAGGACGCGUCGGCGCGCGGGUCUGCCCGCGAGGCAGCAGCGGGCCAGUACAGCCCCCUGCCGCACUACGUCCUCGACGAGAGCGACACCCGGUCCCACGAGUCCGAGCAAGACCGCUUCGCGCGCACCACCAGGCUCGCCCGCCUCGCCGCGGCCGUCCUCGACUACGCUACACUCACAGCCCUCUGCAUCAAGGUCAUGGUCGCGGCCAUCGUGGGCGGCCUCGAGGACCCGCUCCAGCACCCACCGAGCUACGUCGCGCCCGGCUGGGUCAUCGGCUCCGCGUUCCUCGUCGCCGCGUCGAGCGUGUGCGGUGCGGCGUGGGUGCGCGCGCAACUUGCGGAAGCGACCGCGGUCGUUGCGGCCGCGGGGAGCGGCGCGGACGAGGAGAGCGGGGCGGAGGCGGAGGGCGAGGGCGAGAAGAAGGGGAAGCGGACCGCGAUGGACACGAUCAGAGGCAUGGCUGCGAUGUCGCGCCCGGACGUGUGGAUCCUGCUGACGGCGUUCGUGUUCGGAACGCUCUCCGCGGUGGGCCAGGCGCUGAUCCCGAUGUUCACGGGGCAGGUGAUCGACUACGCGUCGAUCGAGCCGGACCGCGGCGCGUUCAGCCGCACGCUGCUGUGGCUGCUUGGCACGGCGCUGCUGUCCGCGGUGUUUGCCGGCGCGCGCGGGGGGCUCUUCUCGCUCUGCGUCUACCGGCUCCAGGUCCGCGUGCGGAAGUCGCUGUUCCACGCGGUGAUGCGGCAGGAGAUCGGGUGGUUCGACGUGACGCGCACGGGCGACAUCACGUCCCGCCUCAGCGCGGAUACCACCACCAUGGCGGACCAAGUCGGGCUGAACCUCAACAUCUUCAUGCGGUCGCUCGUCCAGGCGCUGCUGGUGCUGGGCUUCAUGCUGCACUCCUCCUGGCGGCUGUCCGUCCUGACGUUCAACAUGAUUCCCAUCACCUAUGUCUUGUCGCGCGUAUACGGGCACUUCCUGCACAAGCUCUCGAAGCGGACGCAGGAGGAGCUCGCGAACGCGAACUCGAUCGCCGAGGAGGCGAUCGCGACGAUGACGACCGUGCGGUCGUUCGCGGCAGAGAGCGUCGUGGAGGCGGCGUACGGUCGCAGCCUCGCGGCGUUCUUCCGCAUCAGCGAGCAGGAGGCGCUCGCGUACUCGCUCUACGCAGUCAUGUUCACGUUCCUGCCGGCGCUGGUCACGACCGCCACGCUCGCGUACGGCGGCGCGCUCGUCCUCCGCGGCCACCUCAGCGCCGGCAUGCUCGUGUCCUUCAUGUUGUUCCAACAAACGCUGUCGAGCAACUUCCAGGCGAUGGGCGACGUCUUCUCCGGCCUCGCGGGCGCCGUCGGGGCCGCGGAGAAGGUCUUCGAGAUGAUCGCGAGGGACCCGAAGGAGCCGCCGCCGGGCAACGCCCAGCCCGAGCACCUCGCGGGCGACAUAGAGCUCCGCGACGUGACGCUGCGGUACCCCGCGCGGCCGGAGUCGACGGCGCUGUCGCACAUGUCGCUGCGGAUCAAGGCCGGGGAGACGGUCGCGCUCGUCGGGCCGAGCGGCGGUGGCAAAAGCAGCAUCGUCAAGCUCCUCCAGCGCUACUACGUGCCGCAGGAGGGCAGCGUGCUGUUCGACGGGCGCGACGUCGGAGAGUACUGCCCGAAGUGGCUGAAGCGGCGCGUGGCGAUGGUGGGGCAGGAGCCGGUGUUGUAUGCACGGACGAUCAAGGAAAACAUUCUGUUUGGGCUCGAGGGCGACGAGUGUCCUUCGCAGGAGGAGGUCGAGGAGGCGGCGCGGCUCGCGAACGCACACGAGUUCAUCCAGCGGAUGCCGAAGGGGUACGACUCGGACUGCGGGGAGAAGGGUGUGCAGUUGAGCGGGGGACAGAAGCAGCGCAUCGCCAUCGCACGCGCGCUCGUGCGGGCGCCCCGCGUGCUGCUGCUGGACGAGGCGACGUCUGCGCUGGACACCGAGUCGGAGACGAUCGUGCAGGAGGCGCUGGACCGCCUGAUGCGGCGCGCGGGCGUGACGGUGGUGGUGAUCGCGCACCGGCUGUCGACCGUGCAGGACGCGGACCGGAUCGUGGUGGUGCGGGACGGGGAGAUGGUCGAGCAGGGCACGCACGAGAGCCUGGUUGCGAAGGGGGGCGCGUAUUCGCGGCUGGUUCGGAAGCAGCUGCAGAGAAACGCUGCGAGCACGCUGAGCCUGGCGAGCGCGGCGGGGGACAGCGGGCACGGCGGGGGCGUGGGGUCGCCGCAGGGGUAG